AUGGCUAAAAGGAUCUCUGCGCAGAGGGCCCUGGAAAUGAUUUUGGAAGAGAGAGAAGUUUUUGAUGAUGAUGUAGAGGCAGAGGAUUCAGAAGAAGAGGUUUCAGAAUUUGAGGAUCACAUUUCUGAAAAUUCAGAGUCUGACAGUGACUUUGAAGAAGAUGAUGAGAUUGAGCAUCAGCCAGUUCCAAAACGAAGACGAGCCACAGGACCAGGCCGUCAGCAGCCAGCCACAGGACCAGGCCGUCAGCAGCCAGCUACAGGACCAGGCCGUGAGCAGCCAGCCACAGGACGAGGCCGUCAGCAGCCAGCCCCAGGACCAGACCGUGAGCAGCCAGCCACAGGACGAGGCCAUCAGCAGUCAGCCCCAGGACCAAGCUGUCAGCAGCCAGCGCCAGGACCAAGCCUUCAGCAGCCAGCCCCAGGACCAGGGCGUCAGCAGCCAGCCACAGGACAAGGCCGUCAGCAGCCAGCCACAGGACCAGGCCAAGACAGUCAGCAUGGAGCAAGUGAGGAAAUAUGGAUGUCAAAAAAUCCUGAAAUUGAAUGCUCUUCUCGCCCAAGAAAAGAGCCACCCCGCAAGGCUGCCAAUGUGAUAAGGAUGCAACCAGGGCCAACACGAAUGGCAGUUACUCACACACAGGACAUCAAGUCUUCUUUUGAGCUUUUCACAGAUUCCAUCCAGAAAAUUAUUCUUGACUGCACUAAUUUAGAAGGAAGACGUGUUUUUGGAGAGAGGUGGAAGGAAAUGGACCAAACCCAUUUACAUGUCUACUUUGGGGUUCUUAUCCUUGCUGGAGUUUUCAGGUCGAAAGGGGAAUCCGCAGAAUCCCUGUGGGAUGCAGAAACUGGCCGAGAAAUUUUCCGUGCAACAAUGUCUCUGGAAAACUUUCACAUAAUUUCCAGGAUUAUCCACUUUGACAACCGAGAUGACAGACCAGCUCGACGGCAGAGAGACAAACUAGCUGCCAUCAGGACAGUGUGGGACAAGUGGGUGAGCCGCCUCCCCCUGCUGUACAACCCUGGGCCAAAUGUCACCAUUGAUGAACAGCUGAUGCCAUUUAGGGGCCGCUGCCCCUUUCGGCAGUAUAUACCAUCUAAACCUACAAAGUAUGGUAUAAAGAUCUGGGCUGCCUGUGAUGCCACUUCCUCAUAUGCUUGGAACUUACAAGUCUACAUAGGGAAAGCUGAUGGAGGAGCCCCCGAGAAAAACCAAGGAAUGAGAGUUGUCCUGGACAUGUCUCAGGGACUCAGUGGACACAACAUCACAUGCGACAAUUUUUUUACCUCGCACAAGCUGGGACAGGAGCUCCUAAAGAGGAAGCUGACCAUGGUGGGAACAAUACGGAAAAACAAGUCAGAGCUCCCACCUCAACUGCUGACUUCAAAGAACAGGCCUGUCAAGUCUUCCAAGUUUGCCUACACGGCUGACACAUCCCUGGUAUCCUAUGUGCCAAAGAAAGGCAGGAAUGUGGUACUCAUGAGUACACUGCACGGGGAUGGAAGAAUCUGUGACCAGGAACAUCACAAACCAGAGAUCAUCAUGGAUUAUAAUGCCACAAAAGGAGGGGUAGACAACAUGGACAAGCUGGUGACGGCCUACAGCUGCAAAUGGAGGACUCUACGCUGGCCACUGGUGAUAUUCUUUGACAUGUUGGACAUCUCAGCAAACAACGCCUUUGUCAUUUGGAUGGCACUGAACCCAGAGUGGAACAGAGGGAAGCUCCAGAAGAGACGCCUCUUUCUUGAGGAUCUGGGAAAGGCAUUGGUGAGACCACAAAUCGAGGAAAGACAACAUGUCCCCAGAACCCCAGCCUCUGCAGCCAUCGUGAGGAGGAUUCAGGAGGAGAAUGCUGGUGCCCUAUCCACCCAACCUAAAGAACCACAAUCUGCAGAAGCUGAACUUGUGUUGUGCACCUGA